AUGACCGACGACGACAACAACCAAACCUCUGCGCUCUUGUCGUUCAUGAUGGAGAAGCUGCGGCUGCCUGAUGCAUCGUCAAGCUCUGCACCGAACCAACUUUCUGGACAAUCAAAGUCUUCCACCAAUACCCAAUCGCAAGACUACGAACAGCAUGCAUGGCUCGGUCGAGGUCAACUACAGGUGCAGGAGACCGGUCAACAGGACUAUGUCAGAUCAACCAGUGACGACAGUACCGCGACUUCCGCUUCACUUUCCUAUCGAUCAGAGCCAUUUGAAACUCCCGGAACAAAUCGACGCAAGGCUUCGUGCACCGACAGCGGCUUCAUGCCUUGGAGUCAGGAUGUUGACGACGUUCCCAUCGAAGUUCAGCAGUCAGUGGUCCAAGAGACAUUUUCCGAUCAAAGUUUGUACACUCCAGUCUCCGGUGCAACCCAAGCUCCAGGGAUAUGCAAGGCUCGCCAUAUUUCGUACAACUCAGCACAUGUCCAAGAGCGCGAGGACGUGGUCCCUUCAAGAGUCGUUCGGCCUGCUGCUCCCCCGACUACUCUACAAAACCAGAGUUUCUUCUCACCCUCGCCCAGCCCAAGUGACUACUCAUUGACGCGAGCCCUGUUGGGAUUCAACGAACUCUUUACCCCAUCUCAGACUGCUGGCCAGUUGCGACCAUUUAUGAGCUCAGAGGGCCAGCCGCAUUCGGAGGACACAUCGCCUCUAGGAAUUUACUUCAGGGAGCGCUCGCAGAGCGCCGACAGGGUGACGGACCCUGGAGUCCCCACGCGAUUUCUUAAGGUCUCCAACGUUGACCGUAGAAUGUCGAUCUGGGUUGCUCGAGACGCUUUUAAGAGCUUUGGUGAUCUCCAAGGAACCUAUACCUCGUUCUUGAUAAGCGACGGAAUUGUUUUCCUGGAGUUCUUUGACAUCCGUCACGCGAUGGUCGCAUCGAAGCGUCUAUAUUCCAGCCCAGCAUUCGAGAACUCAGAUAUCAAGGUCCACUUCUGUCCGUCCUCAUACAUCCGUAGGCGGUUCCUCUCGACGUUUGGAGAUAUCCAGUCAUUUCAAAAAGAGUUCAAUGGGUGGCCCUCCAUGAUCCUUGUCGAGUACUAUGACACCAGACAUGCCGCCUUGGCUUUAUCCGCGCUGCGAGAAAUGCACAACAACACGCGAAUCCAUUGCCAAGCGACGUUCUAUCAGAAGAAUACUUUUGUCGGAUCGAGUGAUUGGCAGCAGCAGCAAAGCAUUCUUCCAAUCGGUAAUCGGAUGGCCAGGACCCAUUCGACCCCAGGCGAUAUCAUGUAUCCACCCUCAGGCAGUGCCGGUCGUGGUGUCGAGUCCUCUCGCUCGAAUGAUCAAGCAGGUAGUCCUCAGUCUGGAAAUACAGUCCAGCGGCCAGCCGAGCAGACCCUGAGGACUCUGUCCCCUACAGCGAGUAACCGACGCGGGUUGACACAUCCUGAUGGCGAUGUGGUCGAGAGUAGAACAAGGGAAGAGCAUUGGCGCUUUGCUAUUCAAUCUCAGAAGCUUCCAGCCACUGAGCGCCCACGCAGUCCUCCUUUGCUGAUGCGCACCACAUCAAUGAUCUCGAACACCGGCCAAGCCCAACGAGAAGUUGUCAUCCCUUUGGCUCCUUCUGACAAGCGCACCACGUUCAUGAUCCGAAAUAUCCCCAACAAGUAUACCCAGUCGAUGCUUCUCGAGUGUAUCAACGAGUCCCACUUUGGAAAGUUCGACUUCUUGUAUCUGCGAAUGGACUUCAAAAACAAGUGCAACGUUGGCUACGCCUUCAUCAACUUUAUCAACAUUGAGGUAGUUGCGUCGUUCGUGCAACACCAUGUCGGCAAGAAGUGGGGACGGUUCAAUUCAGACAAGAUCUGCAGCCUCUCGUAUGCCACCAUCCAGGGGCGACGCGCUCUUGUUGACAAGUUCCGCAACUCCAGUGUGAUGGAGGAGGAGUCAAGCUACCGUCCUAAGAUCUUCUACACCAGUGGACCGAAUCUCGGACUGGAGGAGCCCUUUCCAGGACCAACGCUGAGCAAGGACAGUGCCCGUGGACACGGACCUGCUCGGCGUCGGGUCUCGAGCGCCCCUCCUCAUAAUGGGCCCUAA